AUGGGUGCAUGCGGAUUAGAUCGAAGGCACCGAGGGGCAGUGUCGCGAAACGCUACCACGUUGCGAUAUAAAAGGAAGUUAAGUUUAAAUUUCUUUAUCACACACCGGCUAACUGUACCAGAGAUUGGUCUUCAUUCCUCCAAGAUGUCCGCACGAUUUUUGCUUUUACUAGUUUGCGUGACGGAACUGUCCACACUGAUCCUGGCCGGGGGUGGCGGUGGUCACAAGAAAGUAGUGAUCCACGUGCCGGUGUACGUCAAACACCAUCACCACAAACAUACCAUAGUAAAGCAUGUGCACCACAAGAGUGGGGGCGGAGGCGAUGACCACUACGAAGUGCUAGGCUAUACGUAUGGGGAGCCUAAAGCAGCACCACACUUUGGGGGAGGUCAUGGUUGGGGCGCGGCGGAAGAGAGUCACGGCUAUGGGGACUCGCCAGUCAGCUUUGAAGGUGGCGAGCACGGAGGGUACGAACAUGGAUAU